UACAUCUCAAACUUCGCAAAGAAAUGAACAACAUGAAAGGUGAUUAUUUCAGUUUAAAUAAGAUUCUUUUGCUCAUUCUUGGCUUGUGGCCGUAUCAACAAUCAAAUUUCGCUCGAUUUCAAUUUAUUCUUCUAUCUAGUAUUCUGACGACAAAUGUUAUAUUUCAGUACAUAAUAUUUUUCUUACAAAGACGGACUCCAAACUUCACCAAAGAUCUAGCUUCCAUAUUUAUGUUUACUCUUUUUAUGAUAAAAUACAACAUGUUCUCUGUUAAAGCUAAUUGAUAUAUAGAAAAGUGAUAAGAAAUGAUAUAUGGUUACUAAAACAACAGAUAAAGGAUUUAAUGGAACAACUACUGCAUGUGUGUAAUGAAUUAAAAGAUGAAAGAGAAAUUGCUAUUAUAGACGCAUAUGGAUGUAACGGCAAACGUUAUACUAUUGCACUUACAGUACUUGUCGUUUUUACCAUAUCGACUUUUAUCGUUGUAUCAUUUUGGUCGGAUAUUUUGAACGUUUUUUUGUCGACAAACACAUCAAGAUCAUAUAACUUGAUCAUAUCGAAGCAUUUAAUCGAUCAAGAGAAGUAUUUUUAUAUGAUACUGCUGCAUAAUAUUAUAUCAUUUUCCAUCGGUCUAACCGCAUUAUUAGCGAUAGGAACAAUGUUUUUUACGUAUCUUCAAUACGUUUGCGGGAUGUUUAAAAUUGCCAGCUACCGUAUCAAACAGGCAAUGAACGUUGAUAUGUUACGAAAUCAAAAAGACAUUUUCAUAUUGAAAAGUUUAAUUUGCGCUGUAAAUAUUCAUCGACAAGCUAUAAAAUUGUCUAAACACUUACAAUACAGUUGCGAAACAAUGAUGUUCUAUUUAAUAGCAUUUGGAGUAGGCUUGGUGAGCCUCAAUCUGUUUCGAAUUGCAUCAUUUGAAGAGGGAUUGAUAUUGCCUUUUUUAUAUACAGUUAUCGCCAUUUUAUAUAUGUUUUUGGCCAAUUAUAUUGGUCAAAUUAUAACGAACCAUAAUCACUACGUAUUUAAUACUGCGUAUAACGUACAAUGGUAUAUAGCUCCAUUGCAUAUACAGAGAAUAAUAUUAUUUCUGUUACAAAGAGACUCGAAAAAUUUUACUUUAAGCGUCGGUGGACUGUUCGUUGCAUCUAUAGAGUGCUUUGCUACGGUAUGA